UGAUACUGAGGAGGACUUCAUCUCUCUGUGUCUGCCCAGACAGAGAACCGCGCACUCGGGACGCACACUGGUUUAUACAUCGCCCUUUUUUGACUCUUGUGGCUUGAUUUUUUUUUUUUAACUAUUUAAAGAUUUUUUGUAUUCUUUUUGCCAAAGGAACUUUUUUGAAGUCACGUUUCAUUCACAAACCUUUACUUAUGGUGCGCGAAAAUGGGGUUAAGUUCUGGUUUCUCUCGUGGAAACAUCGCCGUGUUGAUGCUGCUGCUGCUGCUGCUUGAAGGAGUGACAGGGUUGUACUUUCCUCAGAAGGAGUACAUUGAGACGGUAUACGUGGGCCAGCCUGCAGGUACACCGAUCCUCCAGGUCCACGCUAUGCUGGACAACGACUCCGAGCGGCCGCAUUUCUACCUGUGCUGGAGCGCGCUCAAACGUCCACCCCACAACUCCUGGUUCCACAUGGACAUUAACACUGGAAUAUUGUCCUUAAACAAAACCCUUGAGGAGAGCGACUUCACCUUCCCAAAUCAACAUUCGUGGUCAGUGAAGAAGUUGGUCCUUCAUGCCACAGUCUUACCCAACGUCUCCAGGAAACCUCACUGCAUGAACAAAAACGCCCCUCGGAUCACUCUGGACUUUGUCAACGCCACAUUGCCACAGUGUGCUCAGACAGAUAUGAAGGAACUGUGCUUCCCCCACAGAGACACCGCCAACCCUCACAUAAUGGAGAACAGGUUCCCCGGGGCCAUCAGGCAACUCCGACGUCUUACCAGACUCAACGUUUGUCCUAACUACACCAUCUCUUAUAAUGUGGAAUCAGAGACCCCAGCGCCAUUUGCUGUGAACGACAACUCCACAGAGUUGGUGGUGACCGCUCCAUUAGACCGCGAGGAGAGCGAAUGCUACAGACUCCUGCUGGUCUGUACAGUCCGAACAGAAACAGUCAUCACCAAGGUGGAGACUUCCCUGGACGUGUUUGUUAUGGACGAGGAUGAUAACGCACCAUAUGUAAAUGGAACAGACGCAACAGAUAUUAUCAUCAGCUUCAAUCGUACAAAGGGUGGCUCCUUUGGAACCUUGUUUGUCUUUGACAGGGAUUUAACCCCCAUUUUUCACAUUGACAAGAGUCACAGUAAGUACAGGGGGACCUUGCUCAACAGUGAUGCAUGGAUAAAUAAAACGUUUGACAUAAAAGGCACCUUCAGUGAAAAGAAAGCUGCUCAUGGAGGCAUUCGAGAGACCAUUCACGACUACCAGCUUGUCCUGAAGAGGAACCUGUAUGUGAAUGAGAAUCGCUCCGUGCAGCUGGACUACCUGGUCAAUGACACAACCUACCCUGGUGUGGAGGGAACAGUGUUGCUGCACUUCAACAUCACCAUCUUACCAGUGCACAUCCGCUUCGCAAACGUCACACACACGUUCACACUGACACGUAGAGCUUCCGUUUAUGCUCAGGUUGGCAGAGUGUGCGUGGAAAACUGCCAGCAGUUUGAUGGCUUCAGUGUCACGUACCGCCUCGAGGUGCCAGAUAGGAACGCAUCUGCUGACUUGCAGUUCUGCUAUGGAGCCAUUAGCAUUACCCAGUCUCCUGGCGAGAUGUGGGGACUGCUCUAUGUGAACGACUCGGAGGCUUUGCGCAAGCCCGAGUGCCAGGACCUGCAGUACUUUGUUGUCGCCCAGGAGGAGCACACAAAGCAGGAGGCCACCACACAGAUCCACAUCCAACUGGAUAGUGAAGUAAACAAAGGCAGCCAGGAGAGCCAGCAGUUCCUGUCCUGUGCCGAAAACAGGCGACGGGGAGACUGUGAGUCUGUCCGAGGCCUGGGGGCAACCACAGGGAGCUGUCAGUGGAGGCAAGGCACAGAGAAAGGAAUAUCUGAAUAUUACUCAACCUGCUCGCCUGAUCUGCGGACGUGCCCAGAUAGCUUUUGUGAUGCAGUGGAAAGCAAAGACCCAUUAAUAUGCCCACAAGACUGUACAAAGGAGACCGUAAUUGGAGGUCAUGAACGAGGUUUAGGGAACGGGAUUAAAGCUGGAUAUGGAACCUGCUACUGCUACUCUGAGAGAUGCUUCUGUGAGAAGGAAGAUAUUGAGGAGGCGAUAUGUGAUGACAUGUGCAAGACCAUCAUCGCCACGUCUCUGCUGCUCUCCUUUGUCGCCUCCAUCCUCCUGUCCUCAUACUUCAUUCACCGGUAUCACAAGAACUCGCCGAAACCACCGAUAGCCUCUGCAGAAAUGACGUUCCGUCGGCCAGCUCAGGCUUAUCCCAUCAGCUUCCCUGCAAACAACUUACGCCGGGGCUCACAGGACUCUAUUGAGCCUGAUACCUUUAAAAUCCCUGAAGAUCCAAAGUGGGAGUUUCCUCGUAAAAACCUUGUACUUGGCAAGACUUUAGGAGAAGGAGAGUUUGGAAAAGUUGUCAAGGCUACAGCUUUCCGGCUGAAAGGAAAAGCAGGUUACACCACUGUGGCUGUGAAAAUGCUUAAAGAGAACGCCUCACACAGUGAGCUGCGUGACCUGCUGUCGGAAUUCACUUUACUGAAGCAAGUCAACCAUCCGCAUGUUAUAAAGAUGUAUGGAGCAUGCAGCCAGGAAGGACCAUUGUAUCUGAUUGUGGAGUACGCCAAAUAUGGGUCGCUCCGCAACUUCCUGCGCGAGAGUCGGAAAGUUGGCCCGAGCUACAUGGGCAGGGACGCCAACCGAAACUCCAGCUACCUGGAGAACCCAGAUGACAGGGCGCUCACCAUGGGCGACCUGAUCUCCUUUGCAUGGCAGAUCUCCAGAGGCAUGCAGUACCUGGCUGAAAUGAAGCUCGUUCACAGGGACCUUGCAGCACGAAACGUCCUCGUCGCUGAGGGAAGGAAGAUGAAGAUCUCAGACUUUGGCCUCUCCAGAGACGUGUAUGAAGAGGACUCGUAUGUUAAGAGGAGCAAGGGCCGUAUUCCUGUUAAAUGGAUGGCAAUAGAGUCCUUGUUUGAUCACAUAUACACAACCCAAAGUGAUGUCUGGUCCUUUGGUGUGCUGCUGUGGGAAAUAGUGACACUGGGAGGAAAUCCAUACCCAGGCAUCGCUCCUGAACGCCUCUUUAACCUCCUCAAAACUGGCUACAGAAUGGAAAGACCAGAGAACUGCUCAGAGGAAAUGUAUAACCUCAUGCUUCGGUGCUGGAAACAAGAACCAGACAAGAGGCAGACAUUCUCAGACAUCAGCAAAGAGCUCGAAAAGAUGAUGGUGAAAAGUCGGGAUUACCUGGACCUUGCAGCUUCCACGCCUGCCGAUGCUCUGCUGUACGAUGACGCCCUCUCUGAAGAGGACACUCCACUAGUGGACUGUAAUAACGCCCCUCUCCCUCGAACCCUCCCUUCCACAUGGAUUGAAAACAAGCUCUAUGGUAGAAUCUCCCAUGCAUUUACUAGAUUUUAGAAACAGGACACACAACACAAUCUCUCUCUCUUUUUUGGCAAGUUGUGAUUGGCUUUUCCAUAGUCAAGUGUGUGUGACUGUGAUGUAGGCAUGCCUUUUUUGCUGAUUAAUGCUGACAUAUCUCCCAUUUCAUUAUAAAUGUGAGGUUCAGUAGACAAAAAAAAAAGAUCUUGUGUCUUGACUUUUUUGGUUUCUUUGGACCUGCUUCUAAUGUACAUAAAUGCUGACCCCAAAAUUUGUAAAUAUUGAAUAAACCCUUAAUUUUUAGUUUAUAUGGCACUGCUCAUAUUCACACGUCACCCGCAUUUUAUUUGUACAAAGUCCAUUUCACCACAUUCCAUUGUCACCGUUUUCUUUGCAUUUGGAAGGAACAGCAUGUAACAUUUGAAACAGGUCCUCUGUCGAAUCAAUCACUCUCUGUGGUUUGAAUUCCAGAUUGUCUUACAUUUCCUGACUUUUUAAUGUAUAUUAGUCAUACGUAAAUAGUACUGACACAAUGCUGAACAGAGAAACAGUAAGGCUUUUGAACGCAACUCUAAAGUGACAAACAGAAGCAGAACACACUCAACUCAUUACUUGCUGUCCAUCUUCAUUUCUCAACAGCUACAGGACGACAACCACAGAUCAUAUUAUUGCUUUUCGCAUUACAAAAACACGAAAUAAAAUCAUACAUUAUCUUUUUAUUUAAAAGAAGCAAACUUAAGAGUUGCAACUUUACACACCUGAGAGUCAAAUCAGGACCCAUUUCAGUGACGGGCACUGCAGAGUUUUGAUUUGAGAGCCUUACUGUCUGCACGAUGUUUGUGUUUCACUGAGUGCAGAAAAAUGAUAUGUUCUCGUUUUUAGGCAUGUCAUACCCGAACUGGCCUGAGAAGAGCCCGGUACCGCUCAACAGACAUGAUGCCACUAAUCCAGUCUUUACAAGAUAUGCCAAUGAUAGUGUUUAUGCAAACUGGAUGGCUUUGCCUUCACCCGCAAAAGCUGUGGACAAGCUUGAUAGCUAAAGACAAACCGACACUGUAGAAAAGAUGACUAAUUGGUAGAUGUAUAUAUUUCUAUAAGACUGUAUAUAUAUACGAUCUGAUGCUAAAGUUGGUUCCCUUUUAUUUCUGUUGCAUGGGUUGCAUUCAAGGUUUAAAGCUGAGGUGUUUUGGCUACUAAAACUGGCUGGAUCAACGUAGACCAUGCUUCAUUCUGCUCUUCAGUAUGUUAAUUAUUACCUCAUGGGUCAUGUUGGCCAAGUUGUAUCACUGCAUGACUAGUGUACCAGAUUGUAUGUCAGUGUCAAUGUCUUUAAGUGCCUGUGCCGCUUCUACAAUACCCUCCAAUUGUUAAUGUGCGACCGUGAAGAUCUUGUUCCAGCCCAGGAAUUAAAGGGGACGUCUUUACCAUCACUGUUGUAGACAGCUGGGAUUGAGUGGACAGAAAAUGCUGAACUUGUUCUGCAAAUGUAAAGUUUCUACUGUGGAGAAUCCAGCUCCUCGAAAUGUCAAAGGCCCAUUUUGUGUUUCUCCCACAAGAUUUUUCAAAGCUGUUGUUGCCAAAGAAAAAAGUAACACAGACAUGUUCAGUGAACGAGUUCAUAUUCUUUUUUUUCUGUUUUCUGUUGCUUUUUUUUACAUGACAAAUAUCAACUAGAGAGUGUUACUGCAGUGUGAGGACAUGAGAUUUAAUGUAGAUCGUGACAAUGUUCUUUCGUCAGACUAUGGUUCACUUUUUUUUGAUUCACUGUAAUUGCAAUCUUUGUGGAAAAACCGUACGGUGAUGUAAAGUAAGGAGUGUUAUCAUUGUCCUGUUAUUAUUUGAUUAUGUUACCAUUAAUAAUAAACAUUCAAAAUGUGCAGUUUGUCUAAAGACGGAUAAGUUUCUGUAUGAUAGCUUUUUUCACAAUUGAAA